UUUACUUGUAGGCUUGUUACAAUGAUAAAUGUUUAUUAACUUAAUAUUAAAAAAAAGACUGCCCAUACGUUGACUUCAACAUUAACUACUGCUUUUAAUUCAUAAAUAAAAAAUACUUAUCUUUUUAAGAUUAAGAUAUCUUAACAUUUCUGCAUAUUGCAUACAAGUAAUGUAUUUUAAAAAAAAUACACACAUUAAAUUUUAAUUGAGAAAGCUUAGUAUAGAUCCGCUUAUUUAAUUCUUUGUUUUUCUGCAGUUCGUAAUUUACCCACUAACCAUGGCAAUUCAUUAUAUUUUAUAAGAUUUCAUGCUAGGGAAUUACUACCACUGUAAACAUGCUUCGGAAGUAACCGGAAACCUUUGCAAUUCGCUAAAAGUUAAGGUUUUUAAAUAAAUGCGAGUAAUUUCAACAUAUAUGGUUAUCGAUGGAGAAAAAAUAGGUUCGUUCUGGCGUAUAGACAUGAAUAAGAUAAUAUGUAUAUGACUUAGUUGUGUAAGAAUUAUUUAAGCCAGUACUUACUAAACUCGCAUAGCAGUAGAACAUUACUGCCAGACAAUUGAAAACGUCUCUCUACGUGAACUACACAUCAAAAUAUUCUUGCAAUCGCAAGCUACUUUAUUAAAAAUUAAUAGCCACUUAAUAUUUCAAUGCAAAUAUUGUCAUUUGACCAUUUAAAUCUGAAAAAUGUGUUUUUGGUCGAACUGUUCACAAAUGUUCUAAAAUCUAGGAAGUAUUCGGAAAAAGCUUUUGAGUUGCAAACGUAGUCUAUAUUCAUUUAAUCGAUACAACCAGUCCAAAAAUGUUUACGGUUUUCACGUUAUUAAUUUUUUUAAUCUUAUGAAUCGACUACUAAAUUCCGUUAUUAAUGACUUUUUGGAUUUUUGAAUAUUUCACAAAAAGGACAACAAGAAAAUUAUUAAUCUACCCAUUUAAAUUGAGCCUUAAAUAAAUAGAUUAGAUUGCAACCAAAGGCAUAAAACUAUUUUAGACCUAUUGAGUUUUAUCAAAAUUCCGCAAUGCAUGCACAUCAAAAUGAAAUAAUGUUACUUGAAAAACCCAUUACUAAAGAACUAGCCUUUUUAAAAUUAAAUCAAACAAUUAGAAACUUUAGAAGCACGUCUUUGUUUGAUAAAAACGCAAACCCUCUUUUAGGAUUGUUUAUUUCAAAAUAGAUAAACUUGUAGUUUUGAUCAGAGGAAAAUCGUUAGCUUGUAAUAUGUACUUGUAACCGAUUUCAAUCAUUAUGCUAAAUGUUGUAAUACUCGAGUCUAUUUUGCAGAAUAAGUUAAUGAUGCUCUUUUUAAUCAAAUUAACUUUAGUCAUAAAAUUUUAAUAUUUCAUAAUUAGUUUCUAGUUAAUUUCAUUCUAUUUCUUCAUUUCAACGUACUUGCAAGAUUUCAUAUCUGUUUGACUAUGGCCUUUUAUUAUAGUUUACUAACCUUAUUAGUUCCGGGCUACUUACUUUAGUCAACAGCCUAGAAAAUAAUUUGCAAGAGCAUACUUAACCGUCAUAAAGCGCGACAUCUAUAUAAGACAUAGUACGUAGUUGACUGAAAUUGAAAGUCAAAUUUGAAUUUAAAAUGAACACAAAACAUAACAUAUGUCUAUGGACAGUAUUAUAGCACCACUGUAAGAAAAUAAUAAAUAAUUAAAGUACCUGGUAAUAAGAAUUUUCACUUUCAGUGAUUCAACAAAACGUGAAAUUAUGUAAACGAAGAUUUUCUUAUUUAACGGUACUGACUUACAAAAUGAAUAAGUAGUAUAAACUAGUCUUUAGCAAGAUAAGUAUUUGUAUGAAGCAGAACAAUAGUAGUACGUCAUGGUUGUUUCCUUUUUCAGGAAAUAGAUCAGAUUAUACGAUGAAAACAAGAAUUAGUAGUAAAUUAUGCUUAUUCGAUAACUCAAUUAUAUUGUUUAUGCCGAUAUUCAUCUAACACUAAUUACCAUAUCUAACAAAUACUUAGAUAACUAUUUAUGGGAAUACAUUUUUUUAGUACUGUACGAUCAUACAAAUCUUAUUCGUCAACGCUAUUAACAAAUAUACAUAAGUAAAAUGAUCUAAAAUCUAGAAAAAAAUAUUUAAAAACAUGUAAAAGUUUAAAUUCUGUCUGGUAUUUUUAUACUUUGUAUGUAGGGAUCUCAGGGAAUGUAAGGUAAAUCAAACGUGAUCAAUCGAAUUUUUUUUAAGCAGGUACCCAUUUCUUAAGUAUUACAUUUUCGUUUUUUGACAGUUAAUCAACUAAAAGGGAGACAAUUCUAAUUACCACAAACACUUUGAAGAGCGGACAUGUAGUUCACCCACUAUAAUUGUAGACAUUAUUUACGCGAUACUUCAAAUUAAUCGAUUAAUAAACAACAUAAAAUGUGAAUCGACUCACAUUUCUAAAUAUGAAAAUUUUUGGUCUAACUAAACCCUAUUUUCAACAUCAAUUACAGUUUAUGAAUAUUAUACAAUGUAUGUAUAUAGCGAAUUAUUAAACAAUAAAAUAAAUAGUAAAACGAUAAUAACUAUGCAUCAUUAAAUAGAGAUAUACUAUCUUAUGAUAUUAUACCAUCUUCAUUUUAUGGUUAAUAAUUUGUAGAAACUGUCUAUGGCGUGCUGAUGAGAACAAAUAAGUUUUAAACCAAGAUCAACGUCUGGUAGUUUCAAUAAAUUACCGACCAAGAUCUUAAACUGUUUUUAAUAAAAAUUAUAUAAAGGAGAAUCAUUAAAAUGAAGUACAGAAGUCGCAGUCGUAAUAUUUAACGUACACCAAGUUAAUGAUUAUUUUGAGAGACACUUUCUUAUUAAAAUACAAAAGAACGUCCUGGGUAAAACUGAUUUAAUUUUGUGAACACUGAAAUCAAAAUAACACAUUAUUUUUCAAAUUAUGUAAAAAACACGCACUAUUCGUUCCGUUUCUCUUUAGUUCUCAAGGAAAUAUGCGUUGCAACUUGCACGAUGUGAAGCGUAAUUAUUAAAAUCGUAAAAUUACGUUCGCUGAAUUGGAAGUAAAAAUUAACGCCGCUAAAUGUUAGGCGAUAAUAAUGUAUCAUGCACACUAUAUAAUAAGAGAAAGUGAAAAGGGGGCGCAUCCUUUAGGUGGGUGGUUCCCCUUAUAAAAGGCAAAUCUUUUUUUUGAUACUCACAGUGUUUUGAAAACAACAAACUAGUAUACAAAAACAGAAGAACAACAUGAUCCACUACACACAAAUUUCAUUAGCAGUUGUCUGUCUGGUUGUUUUGGCUAGCUGUGGCUACAUAGAACAUGGGUAUGAAGGAUAUAGUGUUGGUGAAUAUGAACAUAAACCGGAACCUUACCACUACCCUAAAUACGCAUUUAAUUAUGAAGUAAACGACCCAUGGACUGGAGAUAAAAAGCAGCAGUAUGAAGAAAGGGAUGGAGAUGAAGUUAAGGGAACCUACAGUUUAAAAGAAGCCGACGGAACCACAAGAGUAGUUCAGUACAAAGCCGACAAACAUAAUGGUUUUAAUGCAGUGGUUCACAAGGUCGGAAAAGCACAUGAAAUCGAUCAUAAUCAAGUAGAAUAUACCCAUGGUGGUCACUACUAAACCUUAUACAAUGUAGAUUAAGUUAAAUUUAAAUAUUCAUAAAACAACCAUGCCUAAUAACGAUAUAGAAAAUAUUUCAAUUUGUAAAUAUUAUAUUCUUAAUUGCAUGCAUAAACAUUCCUUUAUUCUUCGAUACAAUAAUACCCUUCUUACCUAAAAUAUAUAAAUACAUGUAUAUGUAUAUGAAUAAUGUUAUGUAAACCAUUCAAAAUAUAAAAUGUACGAUACGGAUAAGUAUUUUUUUUGUGCAACAAAUAAAACCAAUUUCGAAGGUACUUAAUACUUCUUUUGCAUAAAUUACCCAUAAUACGGUUGGCUUCGUCCAAGAAAUUAAAAUGCGUUGAAACAGGAUGUUACAUUUAUAUUACUAAAUAAUUUGUUCAGCUUUCUUGAACAUAUUACGUAAAAUGACGAAAUAAUAGAUAUUUGUAUUAGUAAAAUUCAAUUCUUUGAU